AACCCGGAAGAAGCUCCGUUCAGGUGACGUCGCAUGUUGCUGUCCGUGAUGGCGUCGUCCACAGAGCAGAGUCUGCUGGAGCUCACUGAUAAGGACACUCGGGAGAAGCUGUCGCACUGGGACCGUUGCGGGGACCCGAUGGCUCCGUUAACGGAGAAACAGACGGACUCGGUCCUCGAGAUCCGCGCAGCCGCAGAAGUCACGCUUCUCCCAGCGGAGCUGCCCAUCGAAGACAUCUGCAGCCUGACGUCUCGCUCUCUGCGCUCCGCGUUCACAGCGACUCUGCCCGAGUCCACGGAGGAGGUGCUUCUGCAGGGCUUUCAGAUGCUGGAGCUGGAGAACGAGCGGAUCCAGACGGCUCAGCAGUCAGAGCUGGUGGAUCUGGCUGAGAGCAUCCAACAGAAGCUCUCAUAUUUGAAUGAACUGGAAAACAUAAACACGAAACUGAACUCCCCGACUUUAUCAGUGAACAGCGAGGGAUUCAUCCCGAUGCUUUCCAAACUAGACGAAUGCAUAGAAUACGUCUCAUCACAUCCACAUUUUAAAGACUACCCAGUCUAUCUGACCAAAUUCAAGCAGUGUCUGUCCAGAGCCAUGCUCCUCAUCAAGAGCCACACGGUCAGCAGCCUGCAGAACCUCACGGCUCAGCUCACCAAAAGGGACCCGCUGGGCGCUCCGAACGCAGACAACGCCUUCACGCUCUACUAUGUGAAGUUCAGAGCAGCGGCACCCAAAGUUCGAAGGCUCAUUGAACAAGUUGAACAGCGGUCCAACACAAUCCCAGAGUAUCAGCAGCUGCUGGAUGAGAUUCAUCAGUGUUAUCUGGAGCAGAGGGAAGUUCUGCUCAGUCCCAGUAUAAACUCCACCUUCACAGAUCUCACCAGCCAGAACAACAAGGAUCACUGCGCUCUGGUGCGCAGCGGCUGUGCGUUUAUGGUCCAUGUGUGUCAAGACGAACACCAGCUUUACAACGAGUUCUUCUCCAAACCCUCGUCCAAACUGGAUGAGCUUCUGGAGAAGCUCUGCGUGUCUCUGUAUGACGUCUUGAGGCCUCUGAUCAUCCACGUGGUUCAUCUGGAGACGCUGUCGGAGCUCUGCGGCAUCCUGAAGAACGAGAUGCUGGAGGAUCACGUCCAAAACAACGAGGUGCAGCUGGCAGCGUUUGACGCCGUGGUGAAGCAGAUGCUGGAGGACGUUCAGGAGCGUUUGGUCUACAGGACACACAUCUACAUCCAGACGGACAUCCUCGGAUACAAGCCUGCGCCGGGAGACCUGGCCUACCCCGACAAACUAGAGAUGAUGGAGAAAAUCGCUCAGAGUCUGAAGGAGGAGCAGAUGAAGCUGACCUCGAGCAGCUCCUUCUCUGACGUGCAGCUGGAGGAGUCUGAUAAUAAGAAGCUCAUCAGCUCUGAGCCGCGCGCACACAGCACAGUCUCUCCUGCAGAUCUUCAUGGCAUGUGGUAUCCCACCGUCAGACGGACGCUCGUGUGUCUCUCCAAACUCUACCGCUGCAUAGACAGGGCGGUGUUUCAGGGUCUGUCGCAGGAAGCUCUGUCUGCCUGCAUCCAGUCUCUCCUCAAAGCCUCUGAUAUCAUUCAGAAGAACAAGAAUCAAAUAGAUGGGCAGCUCUUCCUCAUCAAACAUCUCCUGAUCAUGCGCGAGCAGAUCGCCCCGUUCCACGCCGACUUCGCCAUUAAAGAGAUCUCUCUGGAUCUGAAGAAGACCAGAGACGCUGCUUUCAAAAUCCUCAACCCCAAGGCUGUGCCCAACUUCUUCCGUCUGAACAGCCAUAACGCUAUCCUUGAGUUUCUACUGCAGGGUACGCCGGAGAUAAAAGAGCACUACAUCGACUCGAAGAAAGACGUGGACCGGCACCUGAAGUCCAGCUGUGAGCAGUUCAUACAGCAGCAGACGCACAUGUUUGUGGGAAACCUGGAGGAGUUUCUCACCAAGGUAGCAGCUUUAAAAACGAUGGCUGUUGAAGGAGGACCGACGUACAACUUCUCGCAGCAGCCCUGGGCUCAGACGGCCAAAAUUAAUGACAUUGUGAUGGCCACCUAUCGCGUACUGAAAACCAAGCUGCCCAUCACCUUACAGAGCUUGUCUUUAUAUCUGGCCAAUAAGGACACAGAGUUCAUCCUGUUCAAGCCCGUCAGGAACAACGUCCAGCAGGUGUUCCAGAGACUGCAUGCGUUACUGCAGGAGGAGUACAGCGGCGAAGACCUGCAGAUCAUCGCAUGUCCCUCCAUGGAACAGAUAAAUCUGCUGCUGUCUGUGAAAUAGCUCUGGACUCAGUGAACAGUGAAGUUCUUCCACACUCGGACCACGUCAGCGUCGGGAAAAGAGUCGGAGAUUAUUCCCAAACCUUAAACACGUCUUUAUAUCUAAAGACAGACACUGAACACACGAAAGACGCUCCGCUGCAGGUGCUGGAUCCGGUUCUGCUGUUUAGCAUUGAUACGAAAUCAGUUUGUACAGAUUGAAAUGAAACUGCAUCUGUGCUGAAGGUGUGAGCUCAGUCACAAACACAUGGUCCGCUAUAGGGGGCGCUGUGUGUUUGAGGCAGAUUUCUCAAGGAUAAAAGAGCAGAACUAGAUUGAUAUGAGAGCAAAUAACUGUACAGGUGAGGGAAAUGAUGUGCAUAACAUAUUUAUUAUUAUUUUUAAAGGAAUAUUUCGCUGAGAGAUGUGAAUUCUGUUAUUAUUCAGUCACUCUCGUCUCAUUUAAAGGGACCGUUCACCCAAAAAUUACAAUUCUGCAAUCAUGCCAUUCCCAGCCUGUUUGCAAACCCUGAACACAAAAGAAGAUACCGUGAUCACCAAAUACUUUCGGCUCCCUUUUGCCUUCUUUUGUCUUCAUACAGGUUUGGAAACAUCAGAGGUGAAUUUCAUCUUCGGAUGGAUUAUUCUUUUAAAACCUACAUGCUACCAUUUUUUUCUGAUGAACACAAAAGAAGAUUGUUUGAAGAAUGUUCAUGCAGCUCUUUUUUUACGUGCAUGUUUAUAGUCCAAAAAAAACCCUUAAAGCAUCCAUAUGACUUGUGCAUUAUAUUCCAAGCUGUAAUAUCUUUUUAAACAUCCAUGCAGGUUUGGAAUGAUAUGAGGGUGAGUUAAUAAUAACACAAUUUUUAUAUUAAGCUGAAUUAUUUCUUGGACGUUCCCCUGUAUGCAUCAGGCUAGUUUUCUUCCUUGGUUCUGGGAGCUUCGGUUGCAUUUUGGGAGUUUAGUUCAUCUUCUGUCAAAAACAUCCUCACUUUUGGGGCUUUUUAAUACAUAAUUCUAUAAGUUUGAUAUAAGAUUGGCUUCCUGUUUGACACGAAUGACCCAUUUCUGUUUCGUUCUGUUGGAGUGAUUGUGAUGAAUUCAUAACUAAAGCUGAAAGUUUAUUAAAUCUAAAUAAACGCACACAUGUAUUCACAAAUUCUCUAAGAACUCAAUCAGCUUUACAACGUGGAAAUGAGAUCUAGCCCAUUAAACCUUGAUUAAAACC